CGAGGACAGUUGGACUGCGCGUGCGCGCCGUGCUGCCAGCCCACGCGCGGUCCGGAGGCGGUAGUGACGCCUGACUGAAAUACAGCAGCAGAAAACAAGAUGUCACCUAGCAGGGUCUGAGCAAAAACAAAACAUUUGAUCGGCUUUUUUAUUAUCGCAGAACAAGGACUAUGAGACAGAUCAUUCAUAGAAGGUUGUAGUCUCUGAGGACUGAGCAGCUGACCUGAGGACCCCCCCCCCUACACCCUCACCCCUAGUCCAGAGGGCGAGAGCAGCCACUACAGCCACCAUGGUGCUGUCACAGAGACAACGAGAUGAACUAAACCGAGCGAUAGGAGACUACCUCCGCUCAAACGGCUAUGAAGAAGCCUAUUCCACCUUCAAGAAAGAGACUGAGUUAGAUAUGAAUGAGGAGUUAGAUAAGAAGUACGCUGGUCUUUUGGAGAAGAAAUGGACCUCUGUCAUCAGAUUACAGAAGAAGGUGAUGGAGCUGGAGUCCAAGCUGAACGAGGCGAAGGAGGAGAUGACUCUAGGGGGUCCUGUGGCCCAGAAGAGGGAUCCUAAGGAGUGGAUCCCCCGUCCCCCAGAAAGAUACGCCCUAAGCGGCCACCGCUCCCCCGUCACACGGGUUAUCUUCCACCCGGUCUUCUCUGUCAUGGUCACUGCUUCUGAGGACGCCACCAUCAAGGUGUGGGAUUAUGAGGCAGGGGACUUUGAGCGGACACUGAAGGGUCAUACAGACUCUGUCCAGGACAUCUCCUUUGACCAGACGGGCAAGCUGCUGGCCUCCUGCUCUGCAGACAUGACCAUCAAGCUGUGGGACUUCCAGGGCUUUGAGUGCAUCCGCACCAUGCACGGUCAUGACCACAACGUGUCUUCUGUAGCCAUCAUGCCCAAUGGAGACCACAUAGUCUCCGCCUCCAGAGACAAGACCAUCAAGAUGUGGGAGGUGGCCACUGGGUAUUGUGUGAAGACAUUCACAGGCCACAGAGAAUGGGUGAGGAUGGUCCGGCCCAACCAGGAUGGUUCUCUUAUCGCCAGCUGUUCCAACGACCAGACGGUGCGUGUGUGGGUGGCCACCUCCAAGGAGUGUAAGGCUGAGCUGCGGGAGCACGAACACGUGGUGGAGUGUAUUGCCUGGGCCCCUGAUACCGCUCACCCCACUAUCCUGGAGGCUACUGGCUCAGAGAGUAAGAAGAGUGGGAAGCCCGGCCCAUUCCUUCUCUCUGGCUCUAGAGAUAAGACCAUCAAGAUGUGGGACAUCAGCACUGGCAUGUGCCUUAUGACUCUGGUGGGUCAUGAUAACUGGGUGCGUGGUGUGUUGGUGCACCCUGGAGGCAGGUUCAUAGUGAGCUGUGCUGAUGAUAAGACUCUGAGGAUCUGGGACUACAAGAACAAGCGCUGCAUGAAGACCCUGUGUGCCCACGAACACUUUGUUACCUCUCUGGUUGAAUGUGCUGAGCACAUGGAGGGCUGUGCGGCUCCCCCAAAGAAAUGCCACCCCACACCAUGACUGACCCACCGCCAAACCGGUCAUGCUGGAGGAUGUUGCAGGCAGCAGAACGUUCUCCACGGCAUCUCCAGACUGUCACGUCUGUCACAUGUGCUCAGUGUGAACCUGCUUUCAUCUGAGAAGAGCACAGGGCGCCAGUGGCGAAUUUGCCAAUCUUGGUGUUCUCUGGCAAAUGCCAAACGUCCUGCACGGUGUUUGGCUGUAAGCACAACCCCCACCUGUGGACGUCGGGCCCUCAUACCACCCUCAUGGAGUCUGUUUCUGACCGUUUGAGCAGUCACAUGCACAUUUGUGGCCUGCUGGAGGUCAUUUUGCAGGGCUCUGGCAGUGCUCCUCCUUGCACAAAGGCGGAGGUAGCGGUCCUGCUGCUGGGUUGUUGCCCUCCUACCGUCUCCUCCACGUCUCCUGAUGUACUGGCCUGUCUCCUGGUAGCGCCUCCAUGCUCUGGACACUACGCUGACAGAAACAGCAAACCUUCUUGCCACAGCUCGCAUUGAUGUGCCAUCCUGGAUGAGCUGCACUACCUGAGCCACUUGUGUGGGUUGUAGACUCCGUCUCAUGCUACCACUAGAGUGAAAGCACCGCCAGCAUUCAAAAGUGACCAAAACAUCAGCCAGGAAACAUAGGAACUGAGAAGUGGUCUGUAGUCACCAGCUGCAGAACCACUCCUUUAUUGGGGGUGUCUUGCUAAUUGCCUAUCAUUUCCACCUGUUGUCUAUUCCAUUUGCACAACAGCAUGUGAAAUUUAUUGUCAAUCAGUGUUGCUUCCUAAGUGGACAGUUUCAUUUCACAGAAGUGUGAUUGACUUGGCGUUACAUUGUGUUGUUUAAGUGUUCCCUUUAUUUGUUUGAGCAGUGUACAUUCAUUAGGCCCUAAUCUAUGGAUUUCACAUGACUGGGCCAGGGCGCAGCCAUGGUUAGGCCUGGGAGUGGGUAGGCCCACCCACUUGGGAGCCAGGCCCAGCCAAUCAGAAUGUGUUUUUCCCCACAAAAGAGCUUCAUUCAUUACGUUUCAUCAGCUGUCUGGUUGACUGGUCUCAGAUGAUCCACCAGGUGAAGAAGCAGGAUGUGGAGAUCCUGGACUGGUGUGGUUGCACGUGGUCUGCAGUUCUGUGGCCGGUUGGACGUACUACCAAAUUCUCUAAAACAAUGUUGGAGGCGCCUGAUGGUAGAGAAAUUAACAUUAAAUUCUCUGGCAACAGUUCUGGUUGAUAUUCCUGCAGUCGGCAUUCCAAUUGCACACUCCCUCAAAAUUGAGACAUCUGUGGUAUUGUGACACAACUGCACAUUUAAGUGGCCUUUUGUCCCCACCAUAAGGUGCACCUGUGUAAUGAUCAUGCUGUUUAAAACCUGUUGCGGAUUGUAGUCCCUGUACAGGAAUCAAAAGCAGCGGAAAUUUCAGAGCGCCACCUUUAGUACUCGAUAAAACUCAAACUUUCAUUAAAACACACACUCAAGGUACUCAAUUAAAGCUACACUCGUUGUGAAUCUAGCCAACAUGUCAGAUUUGUAAAAUGCUUUUCGGCGAAAGCAUGAGAAGCUAUUAUCUGAUAGCAUGCA